UGUAUCAUAAAAUCAGUUCUGUAACAUAGCAACAAGAGGAUCUUGGAUAAAUGUAACGCUACUGUAUUUUCUGCAGGGAAGCCUUUUACUGACCACCUGCCUGGUGUAAACACAUCUGUGUAAACAUGUCUUCGGAGAGCACUUUGGAUGAUGACGAUACCUUCAAGAUUCUCAUUGCCACGGAUAUUCACCUUGGUUACCUCGAGAAGGAUGCUAUCCGCGGUAAUGACUCCUAUAACACUAUGGAUGAGAUCCUGAAAUGUGCCAAGACAAAUCAGGUAGAUUUCAUCCUGCUGGGGGGUGAUUUGUUCCAUGAGAACAAGCCAUCUCGCCGUUGUCUCCACAACUGCAUCACAACGCUAAGACGAUACUGCAUGGGUGACACGCCGAUACAUUUCAACAUCAUCAGUGACCAGACUGUCAACUUCAACACCACCCAAUUCCCCUGGGUUAACUAUCAGGAUGAAAACCUGAACAUCUCAAUUCCUGUAUUCAGCAUACAUGGUAACCACGAUGACCCAACUGGGGCUGAAGGUUUAUGUGCGUUGGAUCUGCUAAGUGCCUCUGGUCUUGUAAAUCACUUUGGUCACUCUCAGUCAGUUGAGAGGAUAGAGAUUAGUCCCAUUCUCAUGCAGAAAGGCAAUACCAAGCUAGCCUUAUUUGGUCUAGGCUCUAUCCCAGAUGAGCGCCUGUAUAGGAUGUUUGUCAACAACCAGGUAACGAUGCUUCGCCCCAAAGAAGACCAAGAAGAAUGGUUUAACCUCUUUGCCAUCCACCAGAACAGGAGUAAGCACGGACCCACUAACUACAUACCUGAGCAGUUUCUGGAUGACUUUCUCGACUUGGUGGUGUGGGGUCAUGAGCAUGAGUGUUUGAUUGCUCCAACCAGAAACGAACAGCAGCUCUUCUAUGUAACGCAGCCCGGCAGCUCUGUAGCCACCUCUCUAUCCCCUGGAGAGGCAACCAAGAAGCAUGUAGGGCUGCUUCGGGUGAAAGGUCGGAAGAUGAACCUGCAAAAGAUUCCGCUGAAGACGGUUCGUCAGUUCUUCAUCCAAGAUGUGGUGCUGGCUGACUACGAAGACCACUUCACACCUGAAACACCACAGGUCACAAAGAAGGUGGAGGACUUGUGCUAUGCAAAGGUCACAGACAUGUUAGAAGAAGCAGAAAGAGAAAGACUCGGAUGCCCGCUCACCCCAGAGAAACCUCUGAUUCGCCUGAGGGUGGACUACAGUGGAGGCUUUGAUACAUUUAACACUUCUCGCUUCAGUCAGAAGUUUGUCGACCGUGUAGCCAACCCAAAAGACCUCAUUCACUUUCUCAGACGCCGUGAGCAGAAAGAAGACAUUAAAGAUGAGGUCAAUGUUGACUACGGCAAGCUGUUAAAAACCACAGCAGUUGAGGGGUUGAGAGUGGAGGACCUGGUUAAACAGUACUUUGAGGCAACCGAACAGACAGUGAAGCUGUCCCUCCUGACCGAGCAGGGCAUGGGGAAAGCCAUUCAGGAGUUUGUGGACAAAGACGAGAAAGACGCCAUUGAGGAGCUGAUCACUUACCAGUUAGAGAAGACACAGCGCCACCUCCAAGCCAGAGGAGUUACUACAGAGCAGGAUAUAGACACUGAGAUCCAGCGAUUUAGAGAUUCCAAAAAGAACACAACUGAGGAAGAGAAUGAUAUAAAAGAAGCUAUGAACAGAGCCAAAGCUCACCGUUUGGAGCGUGGCAAUGAGCCAAUGGAUCAGGAUAUGUCUGAUGAGCUUGCUAUGGACUCUGACGAAGGCGCAGCCCCAUUUGCUCCCCCAACCCGAGGAAGAGGGCGAGGAGGCAGGGGGCGAGGUAGCCGGGGAAGGGGGAGAGGUGCAACUGCCUCCGAACCAAAGCCAGCUGGACGGGGUCGUUCCCAGAAAUCCUCUGUAACGACCCAAAGCAGAAGCAUUAUGCAAGCAUUUCAAGCUCCAUCCCAGAGAUCAUCUCGGGCUGCCGCCACCCCAUCUUACACAACAGAUGAAGUAACCAUUGAUGACUCUGAUGAAGAUGUACCUGUAAUGAAAACAACCAGAGCCCCUCCAAGCAAAACAGCAUCGUCGUCGUCAUCCUUCACCAAGUACAGCUCUCAGAGCCAGAGCCAGUCAUCCAGAGGAGUUGCAUUUGACGACAGUGAUGAUGAUGAGGAUGACCCAUUCAAAGGCUGCAGUCGUUCACGGAGAUAACUAUAAGUGCAUCUAUGUAACACUUGUUCAUGUUGGUUUUGCAGGAAAUCUAUAAAUGCUAAUUAGAAAGUGAGCUGCUGGAGUGUUGUUAUGAAGGACUGCAGUGUGCAUGGUUCCCUUAUCUCAGCACACAGUCUUCCUAAUGUUGACAGGAACUAAUUAACUUGAUCAGUUACUGCUAAGGGUAAAUUAUCCAACGAGUCUGUUUUGGUGAAAAGAUUUGGCUAUAGGGGAGCAAGGUGGAGCUUUUAGACAGGACUUGCUGUACAUUAUCUGCAUUUUACACAACCUCAUUUGUCAGCCAUCACCUAGCAGCAUAUCUACUACUGUACAUCAACAGCGAUCACUGUUCGGCUUUGCAAAUUGUUGUAGUACUCAGAUAUUAAGGAAAUUAUAAAUGUUUUUUUUUCAUACAUAAUUAGUGGUCUCUUUGUUUUUAAUCAAUUAUGGUCUGUGUCUUGUGGCAGCAAAGUCAGAGCUUUUGCCUUCUUUAAGAGCUUAUAGAGCAAUAUAUAAUCAAACUUGGCAAAAACACACAAGCACAUGGCUUUCUGGACUGGUUCUAUCUCCUACUCUCCUUACUUUUCCCACUUCUCCUUAAUAAACAACUUUGUUAGAAAUUUUUACAUUAUGCAACAUUCAGGGUUCCAAGCACCAAUGACGCUGGAACCACAUACUCUUUUUUUUGUUUUGUUAUGUAAAUUUUUUUUGUUCCUCUAAAACUGGUUGUUUUAGAGGGACAAAACAAGUGUUUAAGUUAGAAAACGAUAAGUGUGUAAGAUUUGUGGUAAAAUGUGGAAACAUGGUCACAUGCAGAAAAUGACAUCUAUCUGCCACAGGGGGGCAGCAUAAUAAAGUCCAAAGCAUAGGGGGCAGUGGAAAAAUCUAACUUUCUUGAACAAUACCUUGUCUUUUUGUGGUAUGUUCCAGAAAUUUGAGAUGGAGAUUGUCAAAUGCAUCAUCUAUUGUUCACAUUUUAUAUAAUGAUUUACAUACAUUCUGUUCCCUGUCAUGCCUUUUGUUAA